UGCCAGCUGUUAAUAGCACAUUGCUUGUCAAAAUAUGUUUGUUAAACUUCUACGGGUGCCGUUCUUGUUACAAACUAAUUAUUAAAAUAUUCAAUAAUAUUAAUAGUAAGAAGCAAGUCCUCAAUUAUCGGAGUUACGUGUAGUAGGAACAAGGAAAACUGUCAGGGAGAGCAAGCCAACUUAGUCAAAGUUUCUCUGAAUUCCAAGAUUCCUAAUUCUUAUUAAAAGAAAAUAUGUCGAGUGGGGCGUGUAAGGCCACUGCACGAUUGCUAAAAUGCUUUUGCGGCUGUUCAGAAAUGACGGAGGAGGAGGUGCGUCGUAUUUACCGUUUAAGUGCUCAAGAUACACUGAAUGACUCAAACGCGGCACAGCUAUUUCGACGAUUCUUAGAAAAGGAACGUUGUGAUGAUGAAGAAGGCGAAAUCGAAAAUAAGUUAAAUAUCUACGAAUUAUGUCAUAAAUAUUUACAACAGGAUUCUUUAACAUACGAUCAGUUAAAUGAUCUCAUUGACCUGGGCUUGAAAUAUCCCUUGGAGAAAAGAAUAAAUUUCUACAUAACAAUUUUGGAAGAAAACGAAAGACCAAAUAUUCUAGGUCAUGAAAUUGAACGUGAUUUAAAAUGUAUACAGCAUGAUUAUCGGAGCGAAAUAGAGGCUUGCUCGGAGUACAGGAAAUACAAGCAAGCGAUUUUAGACAAGUUAAAGCACUCGAAAUGAGAUUCGCAGAAGAGGCAGAAAGCGAGAACACAACGAAGACAUUAGCAUAAUCUCAACUGCCUCAAAUAUGCUACAUUUCUUAUAUAUUUACAUACAUGUGUUUGUGUGUGUGUGUGUAAAAUGUAUUAUUUUUUUGCCUCAAGAUAUGUUCCAAAGAUACAUCACAAAGCUUUGUAUCCGCAAAUCCGUCAAAUUUAAGAUUUGCUAAGUUUUUUUAUACUGUUCGCAUCCAAUACUACUUAAGUAUAAUGAAAAAUUAUACUGUAUCCUUCCUUUUACCAGUUAAUUUAUAAAAUGAAAUAAUGUACUAAGUGCUUAAUUAUACACCUAGAGUUAGAAAAAAUAU